GUCAGGGCAGGCAGCAGCUAGGGGGUAUAUAGUCAGGGCAGGCAGCAGCUGGAGGUAUAUACAGUCAGGGCAGGCAGCAGCUAGAGGUAUAUAGUCAGGGCAGGCAGCAGCUGGGGGUAUAUACAGUUAGGGCAGGCAGCAGCUAGGGGGUAUAUACAGUCAGGGCAGGCAGCAGCUAGGGGGUAUAUACAGUCAGGGCAGGCAGCAGCUAGGGGGUAUAUACAGUCAGGGCAGGCAGCAGCUGGAGGUAUAUACAGUCAGGGCAGGCAGCAGCUGGAGGUAUAUGCAGGCAGCAGUUAGGGGUGCAAGGGAAGAACAGGCAAUAACUUCUGUACUCGGGGGUAUACAGACCGGCAGGACGAGUAUAGGGGGUUACGUACAACACAAGUGAUUGGACUUUACAUCUUCACAGGACGUGUCCAGGGGCCGAUCACGAUUUUUGAAUUUCCUCGAUGGGUAUAAAACAGGGUAGAUAUAUACAGGGCAGGAGGAGUAUAUAGAAGGAGCCUCCGGACGGUGACAGGGACACGGCUGACUCUUGAGUUGGUGGACGCUGCAGAGGGAGCAGCACAAGGGGAAUGUUGCGGAGAGACUCAGGAGGAACCGCGUCGUAUCGGAAGGCUUGGCGGUGUAUUAGUUCUACAGAGAUACAGAAAGUGAAGUUCAGUUAACUGGUUGGAUCACCAUGAGCGGCACAGCUGAACCGUCAGCUCCUGGGGCGACGAAGAUUGCCAAAGAUGAGGUGACGUCUUGGUCUUCAGGAGAUCCAUCCCAGGGUGAUGAGAAAAGUUGCCGUGACCCCGAAGCCUCGGAGGAGGACAUGAGAUCCCUAGAGGCCAGUCUGCACCAGCAGCUCAGUGACUGGGGGCCGCUGCUUACGGCAGGACAGCGGCUUUUGGUGUGGGAGCGUCCGUUGCCUAGCCUGCUGACAGCAGCUGCACUUCACGGGGGGUUUUGGUUAUUUUCCUACUUGUCGUUGAGACCAGUUUUUUUGAUGAGUUUCGUUCUGCUGUGUCUGCUGGGUGUGGAUCGCUGGAAGCCCUGGCUGCUGCGUCGCUGCAGAGUUCAGCCUCUGGUAGAUCCAUCCGCUGACAGUGAGCCCGCGGUUGGAGGGACGGGUCAUCACCGCCUGCUGAGUGUUCCGGAGCUGUGUCAUUGUCUUGCCGAGACCUGGUUCACCUCACAGCAAUUCAUCCAAGAGCUGCUGCUGUACAAGAAGCAAAACCCAGGAAAGUUCUGUGCGACGGUCUGUUCGUGCUGCGCAGUGCUGGCUGUUGUCGGACAUUAUGUUCCAGGCAUUAUGAUUUCCUACAUAAUACUGCUCAGCGUUCUGCUGUGGCCGCUUGUUGUGUAUCGAGAACUCAUCCAGAGGAUGUACACCGCUCUAGAACCCAUCCUCAUGAAGCUAGACUACAGCAUGAAGGGAGAGGACCGGCCACGUUCUCAUAAGAAAAGACAAAUCAAGAAGGAGCCAGAAGAAGGACAGGAAGCGACAGCGGACACAGACAGUGAGAGUGAGAUUGAGCUGUCCGGCUUCUCUCCAGAGCUGGACGUGAGAAUCACCGCUCUGGCCCUGUCUAUUACUGACUCUGAGCUGUCAGAUGAAGAGGCUUCGAUCCUGGAAAGCGGGGGAUUCUCAGUAUCCAGAGCGACCACGCCACAGCUGACCGAUCUAUCUGAGGAUUUGGACCAGCCAGGUGCCGUCUCUGAAGAUCCCCCUCUCGCAGAUGCCGCUGAGUCACCCCUGUGGCUGAAGCGUCGCGACGAGAAGCGGUUGCCACCUUCCGAGAUGCCACUUUUUCCAGCAGAACAACUAACCCUAAGUCCAGAAGAGCUGUUGCCCACGCUCACCUCUCCCCUCCACUUUGUCAACACGCACUUCAAUGGGAAGGGUCAGCCCCCCCAACACGAAGGUGAGAUCCAUACCCUGAGUGAGCAAGCGGCCAGCGGCGCCAUUGCCGCGGAACCUACAGCCAGUCUUGAACUUUCACUUGCUGAAACGGUAGAGCCCGGCGGAGAUGGGGAGGAUUUUGAGCUUCUGGAACAGGGCGAGCUGGAUCUAAUGCAGAAGGAGCUGGAGGAAGCUGAGCAGCUGUUAACCUCCUCCAAACCUCAUCCUGCGGAGCUGGAUUCUUAAGGCUGGCAUUCAGCAGCAAAGUAUCUGUCUGAAUUAAGUUUGCACACCGUGGUAAGCGCCACCCUCUGCAGCAUGGUAGCGGUAUGACACGUGGGCAUUGACAUAAAGCACAGGUUAUCGCCAACCUUCUCAACUGAGACUUUUAUCCAUUCAAAGCACCACUCCCUAUUCUGCCUUUUAAUUUAUCCCCUUGAACUCGCUUCUAAUAUUAUUCCAUUAAUUUAACAGAUUUGCUACCCCCACUUCCCCGCCCCUAGCCGCCUAGAACCUCACUAACUCAAACAACUGAGUUUUUGGAAGAACGUUCCCUUGGGUUUGUGGAUUUUUAUUCCAGUAAUUCUUCUUUUGUAUAUAUCAGUCGCUGACUCUAUUUGAUUUUCUCUUAUUGCAUUGGAUUUGCAAAUGCUUCAUAUUGCUUUCUCAUAUUAAUCUGGUACAGAUCAUGAGUUACAUGACUCUAGUCACAACCAGAGCUGUAGUCAGAAUGUCUGUUAGAAUUAAGGAAACAGCCAGCAGACAGUGUAGCUGUACUGCAGUCAGAAAGAUGUAUUUUACCCCUGUGUACACUACAUCUCCCACGGUGCAGGACAGAAGGGUAUACUCUGUUCAGACAUCAAUCCAACUGGAGACACCUAAACUAGAAACAUUUUGAAUGCAGCUCUGGAUGUGUAU